CACAUGCUGAGACAGCUCGACCCGGCGUGACGGCAGCGCUGCGGCGGGGCAGGGGUGCGUGGCCCGUGUGGGACCCCCCGGAGCUGUGGGGGCCAGGGGGACGGCGGCAGAGGGGCAGCGCAGGAGGAUGCUGGUGGCUGGAGGAUGGAGGAGGCGGUGGUGAAGCAGGGUGUGCUCUACCUCCAGCUGCAGCAGACCUUCGGGAAGAAAUGGAGGAAGUUCUGGGGCGUCUUGUACCGGGAAAGCUCCUGCUCCAUCGCCCGCCUGGAGCUCUUCGAGGGCUCGGCGCCGCCGGCAGCCGAGAAGCUGUGGAAAGGCGAGGGCAGCAAGCGGCUGGUAAAGCUGAGCGACUGCGUGCACGUGGUGGAGGCGAGCGGCGAUGCCGGCUGCCCCAAGGAGACGGUGCCCUUCCUGCUGGAGACCACCGACAAGCGGUACCUCCUGGCCGCUGACGGCACCGAGGCGGCCAGCUGGAUCCAGAAGCUGUGCGAGCUGGCCUUCCCGAGGAGCAGGGAGGAGCAGGCAGCAGGGAAGGAUGGCCAGCAGAGCUCGCUGGGCACCGACAGCGAGUUCUCCAUGGAGGAAAACUCCCUCUACAGCUCCCGGGGCAAAGCUGGCCUGGAGCAGGCGUUCGAGGUGACGGUGAGGGCCACCGAGUCCUCUGAGCGCUGCCGGCUCUGGGGCCGGUGCAUCCUGCAAGCCGGCAAGGAGGCGCUGGAGCUACGGGAUUUCCAAACCUUGGAGGUCCUCUACAGCUGGCCCUACCACUUCCUGAGGCGCUUUGGGCGGGAUAAGGUGACCUUCUCCUUCGAGGCUGGCCGGCGCUGCAUGUCUGGAGAAGGCAACUUUGAGUUUGAGACCAGGCAAGGCAAUGAGAUCUUCCAGGUGAUCGAGUCGGCCAUCAACGCGCAUCGGGGCUGGGGAGCCGAGGAGCCGCGGUGGGGCGGCCCCGGGGACGAUGCUUCCCGGCCUCCCGGCCACACCAAGAGCCCCUCGCUGGAGCACACCUGGGAGGGGAAGAUGCCGAAAGCCAAGCCCGCGAUGCCCCCCAACAGCUGUCCUGGGACUGGGGAGCCAUCGGGCGCCUUCCUGCCCUCCCGUGGUGCUGACUGCUCCUACGCUGAGCCCUGCAACUCCCUCCGCCGGGGAAACCCCCCGGUGCCGGAGAAGGGCAGGAGGCAGGAUGCUCUGGCCAAGGUGGCCGCCGAAUCCGAGUACGCCGUCCCCUUCGACACUAUCGCCAAGACCUUCGUGGCUCGCAAGUUUAGCAACUUGGCCCAUCACCCCAAGGAACCCCCUGACCCCCUCUACGACAGCAUCGGGGAGAUGGGGGAGAGAGUGGGCAAGAAACCCCUGCCGCACCCCACCGCCACCAAGCCCGACCACAUCUACGAUGAGCCCGAGGGUCUGUCCACCCACACCGUCUACGACGAGCCCGAGGAGGUGAAGGGGGAGGCGUGGAGGCUGCAGGCGGCCCCGGAGGAGCCCUCUGGGCACGAGUACCCCUACAACCCGCAGCGGGAUGACUAUGCGGUGCCCAAGAGACCCGUCCCUCUCCGGCAGCCCUUCCUGCUGCAGGGCAAGGAGUGGCUGGGGGACACCGAGUACGACAACGUGGCCCUCAAGUUUUCAAAGAAGAGGAACUUGCAGUGAGUGGGGUGGGGAAGGAGAGGAGGAGAGGACCCCCCCCACCCAGCACGCCAACCCCCCCCACCCAAACAGAGCUGAGACCCCCCGGCAGCUCAGCGCACCCAUGGCUGAAGGGGACGGGGGGACGCGCUGCCCUCCGCCUGGGCAUCCCUGCGGAGCGGCGGGGCACAUCUGGCCAGCUGUGGAGCCGGCAGCCGGGAUGCGCCCGCUGGAGGGCAGUGUGCGCCCGCCGUACGGGCAGGGGGCCCUCCCGCAGCCCCCCCGGCGCCCAGCUCCGGCCUUCCCAGCACCCCCGACCCGCACCCCGCAGCCUCGGGGGUUCCUACGGACCGAACCCCAAACCCUUCUGCUCCUCGCCCAGCUAAACCUUGAGAACUCCAGCUCUACAGGUCACAGACCCCCGACACUCAACCUUAAGGAUGCACAUCCCACAGUGUGAGACGCAGCCGGACGAUGCACGGCCCCGGGAUGCUCAGCCCACGCUGGCUGGUGAUGCAGACCCCCGGGGAUGCGCACCCCACACCGUGAGAUGGAGCUGGACGAUGCACGGCCCCGGGGUGCUCAGCCCACGUUACAAGGGCUGGCUGGUGAUGCACACCCCUGGGGAUGCGCACCCCACACUGUGAGACACAGCUGGACGAUGCACGGCCCCGGGAUGCUCAGCCCACGUUACAAGGGCUGGCUGCUGAUGCACACCCCCGGGGAUGCGCACCCCACACCGUGAGAUGCAGCCGGACGAUGCACGGCCCCAGGAUGCUCAGCCCACACUGGCUGGUGAUGCACACCCCUGGGGAUGCGCACCCCACACUGUGAGAUGGAGCUGGACGAUGCACGGCCCCGGGAUGCUCAGCCCACGCUGGCUGGUGAUGCACACCCCCGGGGAUGCGCACCCCACACCGUGAGAUGGAGCUGGACGAUGCACGGCCCCGGGAUGCUCAGCCCACGCUGGCUGCUGAUGCACACCCCUGGGGAUGCGCACCCCACACCGUAAGAUGCAGCCGGACGAUGCACGGCCCCGGGAUGCUCAGCCCACGUUACAAGGGCUGGCUGCUGAUGCACACCCCUGGGGAUGCGCACCCCACACCGUGAGACACAGCCGGACGAUGCACGGCCCCGGGAUGCUCAGCCCACGCUGGCUGCUGAUGCACACCCCUGGGGAUGCGCACCCCACACUGUGAGACACAGCUGGACGAUGCACGGCCCCGGGAUGCUCAGCCCACGUUACAAGGGCUGGCUGCUGAUGCACACCCCCGGGGAUGCGCACCCCACACCGUGAGAUGGAGCUGGACGAUGCACGGCCCCGGGAUGCUCAGCCCACGUUACAAGGGCUGGCUGCUGAUGCACACCCCUGGGGAUGCGCACCCCACACCGUGAGACGCAGCCGGACGAUGCACGGCCCCGGGAUGCUCAGCCCACACUGGCUGCUGAUGCACACCCCUGGGGAUGCGCACCCCACACCGUGAGAUGCAGCCGGACGAUGCACGGCCCCGGGAUGCUCAGCCCACGUUACAAGGGCUGGCUGCUGAUGCACACCCCUGGGGAUGCGCACCCCACACCGUGAGACACAGCCGGACGAUGCACGGCCCCGGGAUGCUCAGCCCACGCUGGCUGCUGAUGCACACCCCUGGGGAUGCGCACCCCACACUGUGAGACACAGCUGGACGAUGCACGGCCCCGGGAUGCUCAGCCCACGUUACAAGGGCUGGCUGCUGAUGCACACCCCCGGGGAUGCGCACCCCACACCGUGAGAUGGAGCUGGACGAUGCACGGCCCCGGGAUGCUCAGCCCACGUUACAAGGGCUGGCUGCUGAUGCACACCCCUGGGGAUGCGCACCCCACACCGUGAGACGCAGCCGGACGAUGCACGGCCCCGGGAUGCUCAGCCCACACUGGCUGCUGAUGCACACCCCUGGGGAUGCGCACCCCACACCGUGAGAUGGAGCUGGACGAUGCACGGCCCCGGGAUGCUCAGCCCACGUUACAAGGGCUGGCUGCUGAUGCACACCCCACACCUCAACGGCAGCCGGACGAUGCACAGCUCACAGAGCAAACACACCCCGCCUGCAGGCUCCUCUUCGCCUGCUCAGGCCUUGCCGGGACGGCACCGCGGCCGCAUGCACCCCCCAACCCCCCCAGGACAUGCCUGCUCUCGGCCCCCCCCAGCUACCAGCGUCGUGGCUGGGGCUGGGCACCGUGCCUGUCCGAAGGUCACGCCGCAGCCUUGCUCAGCAAGAACAGUGGCACACAUUUCUACUGCCUCAGCCACAUUUUUAUUUUUAAUUUUUUUUUUUUCAUAAAACCACUUUCCAGCUCCUCUGAAUUAUAGAUGAAAUACUCAGCUUUAUUGUCAUGGUGAUUUUAGUGGCUGGCUCCUCUCCUCCCAGUACAGGGAGACCAGUAUGUGGCCUGACACAGCCUGACUUGCUCUGGGUCAGCCUGCUCCUCCUCCUCCUCCCAGCCACCUCCGGCCCUGCACAGCCCUUGCCAAGGGACAUCCAGCCCCUCAGCAGGGCUUGGUGAGAGGUGCCGGCCCCAUUUCUCCAUCGGCUCAUGGUCCCCUGGAACAGAGCGGUCUCCCAGGGCUGCCCCAGGCUCUGUCGGUGCCCAUCACCCCGGACGGGCCAUCUCCGGUGCACACCGGCUCCAUCACGGCGACGGAGGGACCUUGGGAGCCGCCGCUGGUCCCCCACCUCUCCGGCAGGUCUGCCACCAAAGGCAAAGAAAAAGCAUGAAUUAUUUAUAAUCUCUUUCAAUCAAAUAAAUGCUUAGGUGCUUGAGUUAAUUUCCUGGA